UCUGGGCAGUUUGAUCACCAAUUUCUUAUGUAAACACCCUCGCACUCCCUCUUGCAGCCCCACCCAGCAGAGUCCCACUCAAAGGAAGCCCACCUGAAAAGAGACAAAAGAGCUUAGAAGAUGACUCUAAUCACAGAGGAGCUCAAGGCCAAGGCUGAGGUCUACUAUGGAGAUGAGAUCUGCCAAGAGAAGUCCAAGUUCCUCCUCCAAGAAGUUGGCCUCCCAAGGGGUCUCCUCCCCUUGAAGGACAUCAUAGAGUGUGGCCAUGUGGAGGAGACUGGCUUUGUUUGGCUCAAACAAAAGAAGAAGAUUCAGCAUCGCUUUGAGAAGAUAGGGAGGCUGGUCUCCUAUGCCCCUGAGAUCACUGCCUAUGUGGAGAAGUACAAGAUCAAGAGUCUGACUGGUGUCAAGGCUAAAGAGCUCUUGAUUUGGGUCAGUCUAAAUGAAAUCUCCGUCGACGACCCGCCGACCGGGAAGCUGACCUGCAAGGGCCUGGCAGGGUUUUUCCGGACCUUCCCGACGUCGGCUUUCGAGCUGGAGGAGGAUAAGAAGAUGGAGGCAAUGGUGCCUCCCUUGGACCAAGCUUCACCAGUGGUUCCUAACAUUAAAUGAUGGUGUUGAUAUCAUCCUUCUGGGUUCAAGCAGUGCAUCUACCUCUACAUCUAGUGUUGUUCCCUUUGAGGAGCAGUGGCUAUAUCUAAGUUGGUUGUGAGAUCUGAAAUGCUUAAGAACUGGUCUUUGGCUCUAUGCCAUAUGUGUUCUUUUCUUGUUAUUGAUGUUUCUGCAUGUGUCUUUACCUCUUACCUAUGUUCUUAAUUUCCUUCUCUUUUGCUUUUCUUUUAAGUUUGUUGGCAA